AAAUCAUUCUCAAACAUGCUCUUAGUAUUUCCUCUCUCUUUCUAUUCUCUAAUCCGUCCAGCCUCUACUUUAUAAGCAAAUUGAAUGGCCUCAUUUUGAAGAUCUUUCACAAAGUAAUUCCUUCUUGCCAUUUUCUACUUUCUCACUCUGCAUCAAAACAAAAAUGAAAUCCAUAGACCUAUUUUGUGCCUCCCCUGCCGCCACCGCCAUAUGUUCAAGCAUGGAUCAACGCGCCACCGUGCCUCAUGGCAUGAAGGCGCUCGACCGCCAUAUUCACCGCCUUGGCGACCGGCCUAAAAGCCGUGCACCACCACCUUGUUCAUCCCAACUCCCCAUUGAUCCUAGAACUUAUUAUCAAAGAAACAGAAAGAGUUCUUCUAAGGAAAGUGAAUUAUUACGUAGAAAAAGCUCAGCUGAAGUGAAUGACCCAGGUUCUUCAAGAUACUUAUUGAGUGACAAACCAUUUCUUGAUUUUAUAUCAGAUUCUGAACGCAUUUCAGCCUUGGUUCCUAUUAAUCAGCCUGUUAGGACCAAACGUAUGGAUUCAGAUGAGUUUCCGAUUUUCAAGUCUUCGUCCACUCGGUCGAAUGAGUCUACUCCUCGGAAUAUGCUUGUAAAGAAGUAUACAAAUCCGGUCUUUAAAUCGUCGGCAACAGACUCGAAUGAUAAUAUGCUCGUAAAGCAGCAGCACACUUCUCUAGUGGAUAAAUCUUUGUCAACACGCUCAAAUGAUACUCAUGCUCAAAAAAAGCCUCCGUCGACACGCUUGAAUGAUCAUCUUGAUGUUCACAAAUCUACGUCAAAUCGAUCAAGUCAUCGCAAUUUAACGGUUGUCGAAUUGAGGGUGUCAAUUCAUUGCAAGGGUUGCGAAGGAAAAUUGAGAAAACAUAUCUCUAGAAUGGAAGGAGUUACAUCAUUUAAUAUAGAUUUGCCCACUAAAAAAGUGACAGUAAUCGGGGAUGUGACACCUCUAGGUGUGCUUAUGAGUAUUUCCAAGGUGAAGAAUGCCCAAUUUUGGCCGUCUCCAACUUCUUCGUCUUCAUCUUCAUCUCCAAAGUAGUCUUCAUCUUCAUCUCCAAGAGUCGGUCCGAUCAAUUAAAAUUUCUAAACAAAUGAAGAAACCAAUUCCAUGCCGACCAUCUGUUCAGUAGCAUUUACUAGAUUUUAAUUUAGAUAUGUGUGCUUGGUUAGAUAAUGACGUGAUAAUAUGUCUCGAUAUUAUGUCCUGGACAUUACUUGCACAUAUAUGUAUAACAUUAUUGUAUUAAACUUGCUAGUGAAUGUAACGUUUUUAUCUUGGUGAUUUAUCUGAUGAUGAGGAAUAUUUCUAUCA